UAGCUAUAACAUGUCGCUAACGCUUGCGCCGGCAAAAAUAAAAAUUGAGAAAUUGAAAUUCCCCCCCACCACCACUCUCUUUCUCUCUCGCUCGCUUCCUACAAGAUUGAAUCUGUGAAAUUGGAGGAGGAUGAAGGCUUCAGGGUCUACUGGAUGGAAAGGUCCGGUCAAGUUCAGGAUGCCCACUGCUGAAAACUUGGUACCUAUUCGUUUGGACAUUCAAUUCGAGGGUCAGCGUUACAAAGAUGCUUUCACUUGGAACCCUUCAGACCCGGAUAGUGAGGUUGCUGUCUUCGCUAAAAGGACUGUUAAAGACUUGAAACUUCCCCCUGCGUUUGUCACUCAGAUUGCCCAAUCUAUUCAGUCUCAGCUCUCAGACUUUCGGUCAUAUGAAGGACAAGACAUGUACACUGGUGAAAAAAUCAUACCAAUCAAGCUUGAUCUCCGAGUUAACCAAACCCUCAUCAAGGAUCAGUUCUUGUGGGACCUAAACAAUUUUGAGAGUGAUCCUGAGGAAUUUGCAAGAACCUUGUGCAAGGAUUUAGGUGUGGAAGAUCCUGAAGUUGGGCCUGCUGUUGCCUUUGCAAUCAGAGAACAACUUUACGAGGUGAAAACUCUGAUUGCAAUUCAAAAUGUAGCUUCAGCUAGGGAGAGUAGAUUAACUAAGAAAGGCCGCAGAGGAUCUGAUCAUGGUUCAGCAAGCAAGGCAAGUGGCUUGUCAAUGGACUUGGUGAAGUUAUUCAGCUUUAAGUCCAGCGUAGUCCGGAAAAGGAAAGACUUGGAUGUUUAUGAACCAGUGGUGGAUCUGCUAACGAAUGAGGAAGUUGAUGCGCUUGAAGCCAGAGAAGAGAGGCAUGCAAGGUAAAGAGUUUCGUGUGUGUGUAUAUAUUCCUAGUGCAGAACUCAAAAGUACGAAUAAUAGCACGAACUCGACGUUGUUGUUAUUAUGCUUAACUGGAGUUUAUGAUAUUCGUCGGAGUACUACGUUUUCUCAAUCUUUGGAUUCUUACAACAGACACAAUGUUUGAUAAAGAUACUAAGUCCUCUAGAUGAGAUUAGUCAUUGCGUUCAACAGUAUAAAUAAAUCCCGGUGUGUAUAUUUGCUGCAGUGGUAUAAGUGUGUGAGAUUUGGUUUGGGAAACCCGGUUAAGUGAAACACAAGUGGGUGUUGAAUGAUGAAUCUUAGAUGGGUUUACCUCAAAGGGACAUGUUAGGUUUGCAGAGUUGAGUAAAGACCAUAUCUUGAUUAAGAUGUUUCCCAAACGUUGAGCAUGUUAAGAAUGUUAGAGAGAGAGAGAGAGUAUGAACUUAAUUUAAGUGGAAAAAGGAAAAAAUGUAGAGAGAACUCAGAGGACAAGGCACGUUGUGAGAAUCAAGUGCCCAACUUGAGAAUUUAAUAAGAUCUCAUCAU